UUGCUCUUAUAUUUGUAUUUUGCAUAUAUUUGACUUUUUCUUUUCUACUUUAGUUUUGUAAAAACGUUUCUCAUCAUAGUUUUCAUAAUUUUACUUAUCAUUAACCCUAAUGUUAUGAUGUAGUUUCACAUUGUUAAAAUGUGAAGACUGGAGAACUUUGUUCUUUUGUGUUAACACUUACAACCCUUGUAUCUUAUCUAGCUAUAUAUCCUCUUUUCCCUCCCCUACUUCCCCUUUUCCUUCCUAUCUACUCUAGAUGCUAUGGUUGUUAGAGGCAGGGAUGAGGUUUGGUUUUUGUUUGUAUCCCCUGUAUCUGGCGCAGUGAAUGAAAUAUAGUAAGUAGGUACUCAGUAAAGGUAUUAUGUAGAACUCUUUUCCUCCCUGGCUGCCUGAAGACCAACCUUCAUCAUGAAUGAUACAGUAACCAUCUGGACCAGGAAGUUCAUGACCAACAGACUACUUCAGCGGAAGCAAAUGGUCAUUGAUGUCCAUCACCCUGGGAAGGCAACAGUACCCAAGACAGAAAUCCGGGAAAAACUAGCCAAAAUGUAUAAGACCACACCUGAUGUCAACUUUGUGUUUGGAUUCAGAACCCACUUUGGUGGUGGCAAGAUCACUGGCUUUGGCAUGAUUUAUGAUUCCUUGGAUUACGCAAAGAAAAACGAAUCCAAACACAGACUUGUAAGACAUGGCCUAUAUGAGAAGAAGAAGACCUCAAGAAAACAGAGAAAGGAACGCAAGAUCAGAAUGAAGAAAGUCAGAGGGACUGCAAAGGCCAACGUUGGUGCUGGCAAAAAGAAGGAGUAAAGAUUCUUCAGUGACUAUCUGUGACGGUUGUGCAGAUUUUCAUGAGAGGAUUAAUAAACUAUAAACUUUAAAAAAUAAAAAUAAAAAUAAUAAAAUAAAUAAAAAAUAAAGGUAUUAUGUAGAAUGAACCACCAGGUAGUUUGCAGUGUAUUGUAAUGUGCCUGUUGGUACACAUUGUGUGUCUGUGUAUGUAUAUAGUUCUGAGUGCUUUUAGUAAUUUCUUUCAAUAAGAAGACUACUUUCAUGUGUAAAUGUGUGUAGAGAUAGCAUUAUAAUGUAUUAAAGUUAAAAAUGAGAGUC